CAUCACGUCGUGGUUCCGUUUAGGCGUUUCCCGUUCCGUUGUGACGUCAACAAAUCGGUUCUUCCGCUGCCGGUAGGGUGAACGUGAGCUGCCAAGAAGAAGAAGAAGAAGAGGAAGAUAGGAAAAAACAGAAGUGUCUAUACCGUCGAAACAAUUCCAGAUAUAUACAGCGCUCUUUAUGAAAAAUAAUCAAAGCAUCGUGUCCAAGAUCUGAGAAAGCCAACCCACUCCAGCAGGUGACCGACAAUGGCUGUAAACGUGUACUCGACUUCAGUGACCAGUGACAACUUGAGUCGUCAUGACAUGCUGGUCUGGAUCAAUGACUCUCUACAGAUGAACCUCACCAAAAUAGAAAUGUUGUGUACAGGUGCUGCCUACUGCCAGUUCAUGGACAUGCUCUUUCCCAACUCUGUGCCUCUGAAGAAAGUUAAGUUUGGUGCCAAGCUGGAGCAUGAAUACAUCCAUAACUUCAAGCUUCUGCAGGUUUCCUUCAAAAAGAUGGGAGUCGACAAAAUCAUUCCAGUAGACAAACUGGUGAAGGGCAAGUUCCAGGACAACUUUGAGUAUGUCCAGUGGUUUAAGAAGUUCUUUGAUGCCAACUAUGAUGGGAAGGAGUACGACCCAGUGGAGGCUAGGCAGGGCCAGGAUGCCAUGCCCAUACCCAACACUGCCACGUCAGCUCUCACCAAAACCCCGAAGAAGGCCCUCAGUCAAGCUCCUCAAAGGCCACCUGUUGCCAAGGUAGCGCCCAAGUUGGCUAACGUCAGUGCGAGGAAGCCGGGGAUGGGAGGAGGCGACGAGGAAAGGGCGGAGCUUAUGAAUGAGGUGGAGAUGCUGAAAUCCACCAUUCAGGACAUGGAGAAGGAGAGAGACUUUUAUUUUGGUAAGCUGAGGAACAUUGAGCUGAUCUGCCAGGAGAAGGAAGGAGAGGGUGACCCCACGCUGCAGAGGAUCAUCGACAUCCUCUACGCCACAGACGAGGGUUUCGUGAUCCCGGAUGCCGAGGAGCAGGAGGAGUUUUAAUAUUGGAGACUGCAGGCGAUGGCCUGGUCUCCACACCCACCUCGAGAUCCUUUCUCAAGCCAAGACAGCCAGUUUGGUUUUCUAUCCAGCACCAGACCUGAUCUGUCGACUUGUGCCCCGCCAGCCCUGAACCCACAUCCCAACCUGCCGGACCUCUUCCUCCACCUUCUUCUUUUAACAAUAAUCAAGAAGGCCUGGGUCAAAGGCUCUUCUUCCUCCUCUUCCUCCACACCUGUCAGUCUGCCAGAGUCCCAGGCCCCCACCCUCUCCUGUACUCCAUCCUUCCCCAAACCAGAUUGUGCAGUACAUAUCUGGUUUUUGUAAUGGACUUGAGUGUGAAAAACACGGUGAUGUUCUGUGUGUGUGUGUGUGUGUGUGUGUGUGUGUGUACACGUGUGUGGUUGUAUGUGUUGAAACAAAUCCAACGUGAAAAAGCUCCUCUGAAGACCCGGCUGUCAUCACUUUGUCCCACACUAAGCCACCUGCUUUGAUUUUGUCUCUCCUGUUGAUUCUGAAUUAGAUUAUUAAUUUGUAGGACGAUGCAUGCCCAGAGAAACCCCCCCACAUUCCCAACUCCAGCCCUUAGUUUGGAGAUGGAUUGAGUAGGUUUGGAGUUGUGUGUGAGCAGGCGUUGAGGAACCUUAGCCAGUUUGAUGUAGCCGAUAUGUGUGACACUGAUGAAGGGCUCAGGGUUUAGUGUGGGACAAGGCAGCAGUCGGGGGGGGGGGGGGCUUUCUCUCUGCCUUUCUUCCACCAAGGAGACCUCCUGAUUCUGUCCUGUUUGUAAAUGUGUGCUACUGUUUUAUCUGUAUUACCCCCCCCUCACUCCAUUUCAUUUCUUAUACAAUUUUGGUUGCUGUUCUUGUAGCAGAUCAGCCCCCCCCCCCACCCCCACAUGCUCCCACUCGAGCUCGGUGUCCACACUGGAGGAGUCUUAAAUCAGCUCCAGGACAGUGUCUUUUUGUCCCAGUGGACUUUUGAUCAACACGCUGAGUGAGACAGCUUACCAGUAGUUUUCGAUGUGUAGACCCCCCCCCCCCACACUGUUUUAUAGCAGUGACCCUUACUUAGGCUUCAGCCAAUAGAAAACUCCUCCUGAGGGGGGAGAUCCAGAGUUCACUACAUGUAGUACCCCCCCCCCCACUGUCCUUUGACUUUUUUUUACCUGAUUUGAAACAACAAUCUGUUUUCUGUUAGCAGGGCUUCUUGUUAUUGAAGUACAUAACUUUAUCGAUGGCCUUAUUCAUAACAAAUUCCUUUUCAUAAGAAUACAUUUUUCAUAAUUUUUUUUUUUUUAUUUUACUUUAAUGUUAGUCUUAUUGGGCAAAUGUUUGUACUGUUAGUCCUAUUUUUAACGUGUUCUGAAAAUAAACAACGUUGGAGGUGUUUUGGA